AUGGCUAAGAGCGCAGAAGUGAAGCUGGCGAUCUUUGGUCGAGCUGGCGUGGGCAAGUCAGAGUCUACAUAUCGUCACCAGGCUACCAUUGAUGAUGAAGUGGUUUCCAUGGAGAUACUAGAUACAGCUGGUCAGGAGGACGCUAUUCAGAAAGAAGGACAUGUGCGAUGGGGUGAAGGCUUCGUGCUGGUUUACGACAUCACGGACAGAGGCAGCUUUGAGGAAGUGCUUCCACUUAAGAACUUGUUGGACGAAGUUAAAAAGCCCAAAAAUGUCACACUGAUCCUGGUGGGGAACAAAGCAGACUUGGAUCACUCCAGGCAGGUCAGCACAGAGGAAGGUGAAAAGCUGGCCACAGAACUAGCAUGUGCUUUUUAUGAAUGCUCUGCUUGCACAGGAGAGGGCAACAUUAUGGAGGCCUUCUAUGAGCUCUGUCGUGAGGUACGGCGUCGAAAGAUGGUCCAGGGCAAGACUCGGAGACGAAGCUCCACCACCCACGUCAAGCAGGCAAUUAAUAAGAUGCUUACCAAAAUCAGCAGCUAAAAAGAGCUGUACUAAGCCAGAGAAGCAUUUUAGAGCAUAUUAGCUUGGUGUAGGGACGAGGCAGGCAGAGCACAUUUAAUUAAAAAUGGUCAAAGCUUUGCAAUUAAAAAAAUAGAAAAGACAAACCACACCACUUUUUUGAGUAACACGGGGUCAGACUUUUUUCCUGUUUCGAGAUGUAUUUAGCCUAUUUAGCCACACUGCUUCUGGCUAACAUGAAAAAAAAAAAAAAAAGAAAUAAAAAAGCAAACUCCAAAGGACUAGAUGGUUGUGGGGAUUGGCACUGACAGAGCGUCUUCUGCUUCUACAAGGCUGGCUCCAAUUCCCUGCAAGUCAGUAGUGCCUAAACAUCAUUUCCAGCCAGCCAGCUGCUCAGUAGCCACUGGAGAGUAAAUUCAGUCCUCAGUCCAUCAACAACCAUCACAACUGGUGUUCUCAAGGACUGAAUACAUGUAGAGGCUGCUGUGUUUUACCAGAAAG